UUAUUAUAUAUGUCCACUUAAUUUAGCUGCUAUUAUCAUUAUUCAUAUAUUCAUAUUUUACAUCUCACUCUCCCUCUCCUUAUCACACUCUAACGGCUUCCCCUGCUUUAUAUACUACGGCUACUUCACCCCCUUCUCUAUAAUUCUCUCCUUCAUUCAGACAUUUCAUCAAACACCUUCCGUGCAACUCAGGCAUCAGCUAAUCAACCUUACUGAACUCCUUUUAGCUCAUAUCAAUGGCGGAACGCCAUGGAAGAGAAGCAGAGACUUCCCAGAACGACACUACUACUACAACUACAACUACUGCUACACCUUCAACUUCAUCUUCUCAAUCCCUUUCUGGGUUAACUCAAUCCUCACCCCAAAUCAACAACAAACGAAAGAGAGAAAACAACAACGACCCAGUUUACAGAGGAGUGAGAAAACGAGCUUGGGGCAAAUGGGUAUCCGAAAUUCGAGAACCCAGAAAAAAAUCUCGAAUAUGGCUUGGUACAUUCAACACACCAGAAAUGGCGGCGCGUGCUCACGACGUUGCAGCACUUUGCAUCAAAGGUAAAUCCGCAAUUCUCAACUUCCCUGAACUAGCUAACUCACUCCCUCGACCUGCGUCGAAUUCACCGCGUGAUGUUCAAGCUGCUGCUGCUUUAGCCGCUGCGACGGCGAUGGAGUCGCACGCGCCGUCGCCUGCGGUGUCUUCGUCUUCUUCGGAAGUUAAUGGGCCUAUUAGGCCUAAUGGGCCUGAAGAGGAACUGAGUCAGAUUGUCGAGUUGCCGAGUCUGGAAAAUGUGGGUGAUGACUCGGCCGAGUCGAAGGCUGAGUUAGUGUUGGUUGACUCGGUUGAAGAGUGGGCUUACUCGCCUGGUUGGACGGAGGACAUGCGUUUGUGUGGGUACUUGUAUGAAUCAACGGCUGACAUUUCAGAUUAUUAUGGGGUAGGAUAUACAUAUAUUGAUAAUUACUAAGAAUUUAUAAAAAAAUUUGAAAAAUAUAAAAAUUACUUUUGUAAACAUUUUAUUUUCUGUUUGGGAGAGUGGAAAAUUUCUUCCUGUUAAUAUUAAAAUUUUUUAAUUUUUUAGUUUGUAUAAAUAUACUAGUAGGAUGGAUAAAUGUGUGAUGAUGAAAUUUUUUGUGUGAAAUUUCAAUGAGUCUAGAUGAAAUUAGAGAUUUUUUUGGCUCUUAUUAUGUCAUUAAAGUUUUCCACCUAAAUUUAGGUUUAAAAUUAUCAAAACUUUUGUGCUUACUUUAUAAAAGUUGAGUUUGGCAAAA